GCACCUCAAAGUAAACAUAUCAACAAAUGACAAAAAUCACAUCGCUGUCACUCGAAAAUCCACAUUUCUGCGAAAAACGUCGGGCUUCUACUAGCGCUACUGUGUUUGUUGCUGUCGUUGUGUAUUUGAAAAACGUUUAUUUUGACCUUGAAGUUGUGAGGUUUUAACGUUAGCUCGCGAGCUGCGUUUACAUCUAUCCAUGUUGACGUGAGGUAACAACUGGACAUCGAUCGAUUCGAGGUUUAAUGCGUGCACUUGAAUUUGAACAGUUUAUUUGCAUGUGUACUGUGACCUGGCGAGUGAACCACCCCGGCAGCAAUCCACACUCCUCCUCUUCCUGUUGUUGAUUUGUUCUGGGUAAUUUGUUCAAUCGCUUCAUGAAGUCGUCUUGAUAAUGUUAGCGCCGGCCGUCUAAGUCGAUCAAGCCUCAACAACACAGUCCUGCGAUGGCCCACAAUGGACAGCUUAGUCUGGUGGGCGGGUCGGCCACCGGCAACUCCGAUGGCUCUGCAGCCCGCCUUAGCCGACAGACGUAUAGAAGUUCGGCCCAUUCCCAAAGCCUGCUGGACAGCCUGCUGGGGCUCCGGCAAGCUGGCAUCCUAUCGGAUGUGGUGCUGCUGGUGGAAGGACGAGCCAUCCACGGCCACCGUGUGCUUCUCGCUGCCGCCUGCGAUUACUUUAGGGGGAUGUUCACUGGGGGCCUUCGAGAGAUGCAGCAGAAUGAGAUCCCAAUCCACGGCGUGACCUUUUUGGCCAUGAAUAAAAUACUUGACUAUAUCUACACUUCAAAGAUCGAAUUAGACCUGGACUGUGUGCAGGAAAUCCUGAUAGCGGCCACAUUGGUGCAGCUUGAGGACGUCAUUGGCUUCUGCUGCGAGUUCCUCUUCUCCUGGCUGGACGAGAGCAAUAUAUUGGAGAUUCAUCACCUCGCUGAUCUCUACGGACUGCGGCAGCUCAAUGCCAGAGUCCACUCCCACAUCCUGAACAACCUGCAGGCUUUGUCCCACACGGAUAUCUACCGACGGCUCCCCCAAGAGGAAGUUUUCCGAGUGUUGAGCAGUGACGAGCUGGAGGUGCAAAGUGAGAAUGAGGUGUAUGACGCAGCGCUUCACUACCACUACAGUCCUGAGCAGGUGGAGAGUGACCAGGUGUCCUUAAAGGACAGCCUCAAGAUGCUUGAUGCCGUGCGCUUCUGCCUAAUGGAGAAAGAAGUGCUGCAGAGGUUGCACGAUAAAUUGGAUCAGUGCCCGCUAAAGGAAACCGUAUCCGCCGCCCUCUCUUACCACGAGCAGGAGAUAUGGCAACCUGUCCUUCAGAGUCCUCUUACACAGCCUCGCUCCACCUUCCACUGCAUCUUGGGCUUCGGGGGGAUGUUCCCUUCCACCUCUCAUAUGGACAGUGAGCCCCUGUUCCAGGUGUUCCACCACAGCUGGAAAGAGUGGAGGGCACUUGACGCAGUGAACAGUCCUCGCAUGUCCAAUCAGGGAAUUGCUGUGCUCAACAACUUUGUGUAUCUUAUUGGUGGAGACAGGAAUACCAGUGGAUUUCGUGCAGAGACUCGCUGCUGGAGAUAUGACCCUCGGCACAACAAAUGGUGCUCCAUCCAGCCUUUGCAGCAUCAGCACGCGGACCAUUGCGUGUGCGUGGUAGGAGGCCACAUUUACGCCAUCGGCGGUCGAGACUACAGCAAGGAGUUGGACUUGGUGGAGCGUUACGACCCGCACACUAACACCUGGGAGUUUGUGUCCCCUCUCAUCAGAGAGGUUUACGCGCAUGCUGGAGCUGUGGUAGAUGGCAACAUUUACAUCACUUGUGGACGCAGAAGGCAGGCGUACCUAAGAGAGACUUACUGUUUUGACCCGGCAGCCAACCAAUGGACAGCAUGUGCUGACGGGCCGGUGGGGCGAGCAUGGCACGGCAUGGCUGCUGUGAACGGACGCCUGUAUGUCAUUGGGGGAAGUAAUGACGAGUAUGGCUACCGACGGGAUGUCUUACAGAUGGCGUGCUUUGAGCCCUCAGACAACUCCUGGACUUUACUGAGCCCGCUCCCCGCUGGCCAUGGGGAGCCCGGCAUCGCAGUGUUAGAUCAUCGCAUCCACGUACUGGCAGGGCGCUCUCACAACAAAGGCAAACGGAUGAAAUCCGUUCACGUGUUCAACACCGACACGGGUGAGUGGGAGAGCGAGACGCCCAUGAAGGAGCGCGUUUCGGGCCUGGCAGCCUGCGUGGUGCUCAUGCCACCAGCUGUGAUGGCACUCGCAAAGACCUUGGAGCAACAUCUCAAAGCAUCAUGGGAAGAUGACUUUUUCAGCUCACACACCAGCACGGAUGAAGACUAAUGGGUACGUGGCUGAGUACGAAAGACACCUUUCAUCAUGUUCAUCUUACUCAGUAUUUAUGGCAGCAUUAUGUCAUGCUUACUGACCUUUCUUCGUGCCUCUUAAAAACACCCCGACUGUUGCCAAUUGUGAUCCAAAUCUGAAAUUUAUGCCCAAAUGUCACCCAUGUUUGAUUUUUUUUGUAUUCACAUCCUACCUGGGUCACUUCCAUAUGUGGUCUUAGAUUGGUUCUACAUCCAACCUCAGUCUGAACGGUCAGGUCGCAUUUAUCAAACCUAAAUGUCAUCAAAAACCCAAUAUGUGUUCCACGCAACCUGGGAAAGAAUCCUGGGGAGACGACAGACAAUCAUCUGUGAUUCUGCAAAAUUAUUCAGAGUAUUAUUACUGACUUUAUAAUUUGACAUAAAGCAUCAAGUGGAAAUUUGUGGUGAUGGUCGUGGUUCAGCCAUGACGAUUCAUUUAUUCAUUUAUUCUGCGAUGACAUGAAGUCUUCUUUCGUAGACGUCUCCAUAAA